AUGGCAUCCCGACAAGUUCCUAGCAAUGUUCUCUCUGUUGAACCAUUAAGUGGUUCAAAUUUUAAGAAGUGGAAGGAGGACAUAAUUAUUUCACUAGGACUAGCCGAUUUGGAUAUAGCACUUAGGACUCCCAAACCAGAGAGCGCACAUGCCACCGGGACAAACCAACGACGAGCUGCAUAUGAAAAAUGGGAGAGGUCUAACCGGUUAUCUCUACUGGUUAUGAAAAGAUCCAUGACAGAGGCCGUACGUGGUAGCAUUGAGGAUUGUGAGUAUGCUGUUGACUAUCUUGAUGCUAUUGGUAAGAAAGACAAGGAGUCUAAGAAGGCUGAAGGGGUUGCUUUGCUAUCUAAGUUUAAUUCAUCACAGCAUGAUGGCAAUGGAAAUAUCAGAGAGUACAUCAUGGGUGUUUUAGAGCUAGGUGCCAAGCUUAAUUCUCUAGAUUUUGGCAUCUCUAAGAAGGUGAUGGUGGCCCACAUCCUAAAUACACUACCACCCUCUUUUAGUCAAAUGACUGUUUCCUACAACACCAAAAAAGAAAGCUGGACACCUGAUGAGCUUAUUUCAAAUUGUGUUCAAGAGGAGGAACGUCUUCGUCGGGAGAAGGGAAAAUCUGUUAAUUUUAUGCAAAAAGGGAAACAAGGGCAGCAACAAAAGGGAAAAAAGAAGCAGCCAUAUCUUGGGCCUCAAGGGGGUGUGCAAAAGAAAAUGCCUACUACUUCUUCGAAGCCUAGUUCUUCCAAUUCUAAAGGAUCUUCCAACCCAAAAUCUGAACCUUUUCUCUGA